GGAAAGUCAGGGUGUCAGUUUGUACUCUGUAGCACGUCAGUUACGAGUCUCCACAUUCGUUUUUGAGGGUUUCUUGAACACGUGUGGAUUUUGUAUUCUAAUUCGCAAUGAUGAUGAUGAUGAAUAUGAUGGAGGAAGAUGACGAACCAGUGAUUGAUCGCAAGCGAUACGUGAAAGGUUCUUACACGGAUCGUGUAAAAAUGAACCAAUUACAGAACUUGUUGCAUGAUGCAUUGAUAUCAACUGAACACGUUAAGCAGUGUGCUAUUAUACGGAGGAAAGACUCAAGUCUGAGAGCUAGUUCUGUUGGGUUCAAUUUGAAUUCUGAGCAGAUUCAAAAGUUUAUUGAUGCUUUCAAAGAUCCACCAAGGACCAGAGAAGAAGGAAUCUAUUUUGAUAACAAUAAUUAUAAAUGUGUCAGAGCUGAUAAAAAUUCCAUAUAUGCCAAAUGUGAUAAAAUUGGUGUUGUCAUGGUGAAAACAAUAACAUUACUCAUAAUGGGAACUUAUAAUGAGAACAUGUAUCCUAGUGUUUGUGUGGAAGCAGUAGAAAAGUUAGCUGAUUAUUUCAAGGAGAAAGGCAAGUAACCUGGGUAUAACGCUAAGGACUGUAAUCUUACUACAAGUGUGCUCUUUUUGGAUAUAUACGAGUGAUGGACAGCCCUACCCCCCCUGAAUGCAAAUACAGUAGCCUCUGUUUUAUGGAUUGUUAAUUUCAUUCAGUGAAAGUAACUACUGCAGUGUGCCAUCUUCAGCUGCAAUUCUGUAUCUUAUUACCAAGAAGACAUUAAUGUGAGGUACUUUUAUUGGAUUCACCGAGUGAUCAGUGGUUUAAAUAGUGAAGCAAAGUUCAUUGACCUUGAGUGAUUGAUGGAGUAGUUCUUCUACAAAAUUCUUUGUAUAAUUUGUAAAUUUGACUAAGAAUAUCACAUUAAGACUAUCCCACUCUGUAUCGAUUGUUACAGAUACCUUUUGAUCACAUCCUUCUUCGAGAUACAGGUACUAGUAUCCUUCGGGCGAUGCUACGUCACAAGACGUUCCGCGUUGCUAAGACGUGCACCACUGUACUUAUUUUUAUGGGCUCUGCAUGCGUUGCUGAGGAACGCGGAACGCCGAGCCGGUGAAAAUUUUAAAAAACAACAGGAACUCAACUUUGAAGUAAUCCUGAACAAUCAAAUUUUAUAUGCGUUAC